CGAGCAGUCUGGUAGGAAGCAUAACUUAGAGGCUAACAAGUUCUAGAGAAAGAAGGAGAUCAACGCAGAGGGCAAACCACUAGCUUCGAGCAGCUUGUUCCUUAAGUAUGUUGGGAUCCAGACCUUUUAGUUUUACUUCGGUGAUCUCAAAAACAGGAACCUCAUGUUUGCCGCUAUUCCAGUUGGUGCUCUCGGACCCACCAUGUGAAGAAAAUGAAAUGUGUGUAAACUAUAAAGAUCAAUACACAAACGGCUGGUAUAUCUGGUUCUUGCUGCUGAUUUUCCUGGUGGCUCUUCUCUGUGGAGUAGUGUUCCUCUGCCUCCACUGCUGGCUGAGGAGACCCCGAAUGGAUUCUCCAAGACGCACUAUGGCUGUUUUUGCUGUUGGAGACUUGGAUCCUGUUUAUGGGACAGAAGUGGCUGUGAAUCCAACUGUUGGAAUUCACCUUCACACUCAAAACCCUGAACUGUACCCUGCUCCAUGUUUUGGUACUGUAGGCCCCCCACCUCCAUAUGAAGAAAUUCUGAAAUCAAGCCAAUUUUAGUUCUGGAUUAUCAACUGGCAACAUUAGAAAUAUUUUUCAAAUUCUAAAACAUCAAAUUUGGGAACAAGUCUUGUUUUAGUGGGAAUUCCCAGAAUCGAUUAAUAUAGUCUGUAAAGGGACAAAUAGACAAAAGGAUGUGAACAUAUAGAAUUUUGGUCAGGGAGAUGUUUUAGUAGUAAAUUACUAGACCUUUAAUGUACCAUUGCUGUGUUAUAUUUUGUGCUACACACCCAAGUCAAUGUUUCUCCGUCAAUAUUCAAAGGGACAGUCAUUAACACAUGGCGAGGUCUCCAGUAAGUUUAGGAUUCCACUCCAGGACUCCAGGUACACAUUGAAGCCUUCUCUGCCUUAUUAUCUCUGUGUUAAUCUGAUAUCCCCCUUGUAUAGAGUUAACAAGAAAUAUCAUAACUUAACAAUGGCUCAAGUGGAGAUUCAGAUGUGUCCAAACCCAGAUUAGAAUAUUUUAAUUAGGGUAAAAAGGCAAGAGUAGAAACCAGGGGUACUGAGAGUUUAAGGGUGAAGGGUGAAUGAAGAGAUUAAAAGUCCCAGUCAAAAAAGUUGCCUGUUUCAGCCUGAGGAGAGAGAAGUGUAGAUAGAAGCUGAAGGAGCUCCCCUAAGCUGUGGGGCUUGUGUAAUAGCAGAGUGUGGAGAAGGAGGCUCCCGUUUUGUAUGGAUAGAUGUGGACUCUUGAGCCCACAGCCUUUCACUCUGGUACCUGGAGACUUGGCAUUUCUUGGAGAACCACAAUAAGAACCUUUGGCAUAGAUGUCAAUGUUCUUAUGGAGAACUCUGACUACAUAAUGAGCUACGAGACAUUUGCAGCAUUUUUGCAGUGGCCAUGAGCAAAGGGGGCAGACAAAGACAUCCAUGGUAGAUGCCCAGUGGUAUUGAGUUGACAGAAAAUUAUUUCUAUCCCUGUAGGAUCAAUACCUUUGCUCAAGUCUCCUUUCCUAUGACUCUUGCCCUUACUUAUUUGUUCUAGGAACACUGUUAUCAGACCUAGCAGGUGUUAACCUUCCUGCAUCUGUCCUUUAGGGUCUAGAACUUGCUAUUUCUUUUGCCUGCAACACUCUUCCCCCAAAUACCAACAGUUUCACCCUUUCACUUCCUUAAAUUAUCUGUCCCAAUGUCAUCUUCUUCAUGAAACCCACCCCGAUUACUCUACUUUAAAUUGCAACCUCUCCCAGCUCCGAAACUCCCACCUCUUUGCCUCAAGUACAUCUUUUCCACAGAACUUAUCACCUACUCUACUACAUAGUUGACUUCUAUUUACAAACUGUGUUCAUCUUCCCUUGCUGGAAUGAAGAUCCAUAGGGGAAGGAUCUUUGUGUUAAUCACUAAUUUAUAUCCAAGAGUCUAAAGGAUUCUGGUGCUUAGUAUAUAUUCAAUCAAAUUUUGUAAACAAUAUUACCUAGCUCUGGAAAGUCCCAAAAAUAACUGGGUGAGAUUUGAUGGGGAUAAGGGUUUAUGACUGUGAAUGUGAAAAAGAGCCAGAGACAGAAGGCUUCGUGCUUCUAAAAUAAUCUUAUUAGUAUCCACUGAUGAAAAAAGCCCAGGGAAACUCAUUUAAUGUACUCUAAUAAUCCCAGGUAGGUAAGCUGGGUUUAGGGUAUACAAACUUCUUUCAAAUGUUUUUCUCAUGACAAUUUUGUGAACUACCUAUUCCUAACUUCAAGUUAUAAAUGGUAAAUUCAACAUAUCUGCUCCUUUCUGAAAUCCACUAAGAUUAUAGUAAAAGAAUAAAAAUGUUUUUAAUUUACAAGAACAAAGAGUGGCAAGAAGAUGACAAAAUCAACAAGAUUUUCGUAAAUGCAUAGAGAGAUAUCUGAGAUGGAUGCAGAUGGAUAUAUCAUAAUUCACUGAGGUUUCAAGUUUCUCCAUUUUGCUAAGUGUCUUCAGGGAUAAAACUGAGAAUAAUCGAGCAAAUUCGUGGUGUAGCAAUAUAGAGAUCCCCAAGGAUUAGAGGUAGGAGAGGCAAAGAGACUCUGGAAAUGAUGAUGAACAUGAUCUACAGGAAGACAGUAACCCGUGGAAGAGCCAGUUCCAGUCAGAACAUGAUAGCAAAUAGCUGUAGGAUGAUAAGAGGGAUUACAUUAAAAAUGUAAUGAUAAAUUAACAAUUGGUAAAUGGAAAGUGAAGGAACUGAAAAGACGACAGCAAUUACAAAUCUAUGAAAAACAGAAGUUGGAUUAACUCCUCCCGGCCUGAAAUGGUUAAGCUAUGAAUAACGUAAACAAUUAGUAUUGAGUUUUACAUUGGGCAUUAGUCAUAUUGGCAAGCUAGAAAGAGAGAAGUAUUUAUAAGGAAAGGUGGCAGGGUUUAAUAAGAAAGUGAAAUCCUUAUCAGAUUGUGGGAAGUCAAUGAAUAAUAUCUAAAAUUAAAAGAAAAAUUUUUAAAAAUGAUAAAGUAUAUAAUUUGGAAAUUAGGCCAUAAGUAUCUGAAGCAAAAUACUAAAACAAUUGAAAAUUAUUGCCGGGAUCCCUGGGUGGCGCAGCGGUUUGGCGCCUGCCUUUGCCCCAGGGCGCGAUCCUGGAAACCCGGGAUCGAAUCCCACAUCGGGCUCCCUGUGCUUGGAGCCUGCUUCUCCCUCUGCCUGUGUCUCUGCCUCUCUCUCUCUCUCUCUGUGACUAUCAUAAAUAAUAAAUAAAUAAAAAAAAGAAAAAAAAUUAAAAAAAAAAGAAAGAAAAUUAUUGCCUCAAGAAAUAAGCUUAGAGAUAAUGCUAUGUGGGACUGGGUAGAGCAGAGAAGUGCUGGCUUUUAUCAUGAGCUUAUGGUACUAUUUGACUUAAAACUAAAUGCAUAUGUGACUUUAAUUCUUUCUCUCUCUGCAUCUGUAUAUCUAUAUAUCUAUAUCACUGCCUCAUUUAACAGAGUAGAAAAUUUGGAUUCUGGAAGGGUAACUGACUUGCCCAAUGUGCAGAGCUAAUUAGCAUGAGUGACAAAACCAGAGACUGAGCAUUUUGCUCUUUCAAUCCCUAUUCUAGGUAUUUUUCCACAAUGAUGGUCUAAAAGUGGCUACAAGGGGCACCCAGGUGGCUCAGUUGGUUGAGCGCUGGGCUUUUGAUUUUGGCUCAGAUCAUGAUCUCUGGGUUGUGAGAUCCAGCCCCAGGUGGGGCUCCUUGCCCAGCAGGGAGUUUCUCUGACAUUCUCUUCCUCCGUCUUUGCCCAGCUCCAUGCUCACAUGGGCUCUCUCUCUCUUUCACUCUCUCUCUCUCUGUCUCUCAAAGAUUUAGAACUUCUAGCAGAAGCACUUUAUGGUCCACUGAAAACUACUGAAAAUAAUAAACUAACUUGGAUUAUAUGAUUAUUGUAACAUUUAAAAGGGAAAUUUAAAACUAUAAACCUGUAUUUUUUCUGUCAUCUCACCUCUGAAAAUCUUUACACAUCUUAGUUCACCAAUAAAUUGUUAAAAAUUCUAUUUAA